CGACUGAUUCUUAACAUGCACGUUCUUGUAUUUUCCACAGUUCUUCCUCAGAAAGACCCGUCUAUUCUGGGCAGCCAACCCAGAUACGAAGUGGGAGACUACGUCAAUGUUACUUGCAGAUCUGGACCCUCCAAACCAGCAGCAGCUCUCAAAUGGUAUAUAAACGGAAAAGAGGCUGAUCCUGCCAUCGAAAGACCAUAUCCUAUCGAAGAUCACCAGAAUGGCUUACAGACAUCUUCUAUUGGUCUUCUUUUCGUUGUGAAGCAGACCGACCUUUACCAAGGAGCUAUUACUCUCCGUUGUACAGCCACAGUGUCACAGACAUACUCAACCACAAGUGAGGAGUUAAUUGUAGGGGACGGAUUCUUGGAAAUAUCCUCGCCUUCAAAUCCAUUUACUGUAAUUGCACGGGAUGGUCCUGUGAUUACUGGAGCGAAAACGCAUUACAGUGUGGGAGAUAUACUGGACGUUAAUUGCUCUUCUGCCAAGUCUAAUCCGACGCCAGAACUCCAGUGGUUUCUCAAUGACAAAGAGGUGGACAAAGAACACGUGAUCCGUUAUAGAGGAGCAGAGGGUUUGUUGGGUCUAAGGCUUCGCGUACAGCCCAAACAUUUGGAUGAGAACGAAGGAAUGCGACUGAAAUGCACGGCUACCCUUUCCAAAGUGAUCAAUACUCGUAGUGAAGAGACCACCCUAGGUGGUAAUCACAGAACAUCUGGACUGACUGUGGCAGAAAAUUUUGGCAAAGAUGCAGUGAACGAGUCAUUAAAGGUCUUCCAUUCGACUGAUCGACUAAAGGUUGGGAGUACAAAUACAGUUUCAGAAAGAAACAGCAACACCGGCAAUGGUGUUUGGAUCUCGAAGGCAGUAAUCUGCUUAGCACAUUUUUUUCUGAUCCUACUUUGACGAAUGAAGAAAUAAAAAGAAGGCAUGAGUUUGGAAAGUGAAAAUAAAACAAUCUGCACUUGAAUUCUAGUCAUUUGCUCGUUGAAGACAAAACGUGACUUCGGUGAGUGCUCAUUUGGGUCAAAGACUCCGUGCUCUGCUGCAGUAGAUUUGCAAAAGAAAAGAAAGCAAAAACUGUGAAGAAUGAGAUUGUAUCUAUCGAUGAGAAUUACUUAUUUGUGGUUGUUAAUAAUAUGUCAUAUGCACACAUGCUUGCAUGCAUAUGCAUGCAUCUGUUUUUAAAAGAAAGGUUCAAACGAAACUAAUGAAAUCAAAAUUUCUUAAACCUUUCGUGCUGUUAGCAAUUGCUAAUUUUUUUAGUUGAUUUAGAACUUUUAUAUUUGAAGAAGGUUUAU